UAGUCGCAGAGUUGCUCGGCUUAGUUUCUCCAUCAUGGAUAUACGGUUUCGAUAGAAAAUAUUAAGGAAUCUAUACCGAAAAAAACAUGAAGAAAGAUGACUGGCAACGAUUUCAUUCCGUAAAAGGAUAUUUUUGGUUUAAAGCGUAUUGUUUUUUAACACUACUCAACGGUAUUAAUGCUAAUCCAGAUGCGAAGAGAUUAUACGAUGAUUUGAUUUCUCGUUAUAACAAACUCGUUCGUCCUGUUAUGAAUGUUUCAGAUCCAAUGACUGUUCAUAUCAAGUUAAAACUGUCACAGUUAAUUGAAGUGAAUUUGAAAAAUCAAAUAAUGACGACAAAUCUGUGGGUAGAACAAUAUUGGCACGAUUAUAAGCUUACUUGGGAUCCAAAAGAGUACGGAGGAGUGGAUAUGCUUCAUGUGCCUUCCGAUCAUAUUUGGAGACCAGAUAUCGUGCUUUAUAACAAUGCCGACGGUAAUUUCGAAGUGACACUAGAAACUAAAGCCCAAUUAGAUCAUAAUGGCAUGAUUCGAUGGAAACCGCCGGCAAUAUAUAAAAGUUCUUGCGAGAUAGACGUUGAGUUCUUCCCUUUCGACGAACAAACAUGCGUUAUGAAAUUCGGAUCUUGGACUUACGACGGAUUUAAGGUAGAUUUACGGCACAGGGAUGAAGUUUCGGAUACGAGUUUAGUGAAAAUCGGUAUCGAUUUAUCAGAAUUCUAUCUGAGUGUGGAAUGGGACAUAUUAGAUGUUCCGGCAGUACGAAAUGAGAAGUAUUACACCUGCUGUGUAGAACCUUAUGUCGAUAUUACUUUCAAUAUCAGCAUGAGAAGGAAAACUCUCUUCUAUACAGUCAACUUGAUUGUUCCAUGCAUGGGAAUAUCAUUUCUGACAGUCUUGGUAUUUUAUUUGCCCUCCGACAGCGGAGAGAAAGUGACACUUAGUAUCUCUAUCCUGUUAUCGCUAACUGUAUUUUUUCUAUUAUUAGCAGAAAUAAUUCCUCCCACCUCGUUAGUUGUCCCGUUGUUAGGAAAAUAUUUACUUUUUACAAUGAUAUUGGUGACUUUAUCCAUUUGUGUGACUGUGGUCGUUCUCAACGUUCAUUUCCGAACAUCUUCCACACACAAAAUGGCGCCUUGGGUGAGGCGAGUAUUCUUACAUGUUCUUCCAAGACUUUUAUUCAUGAAGAGACCCGCUUAUCCUUCUUCUGAAAACCUUCGAUAUUAUCAUAGAAACGAAGAUUAUUCACCUAGGACUAGUUUAGAUUUCAGCUUAGGAAGACCAUUUAACGGUGGAUGUAGGAUACACGGCCCAUCGAAUACCAUGGAACUGCCCAUUAUAGAAGAACACAGCCCAAUAGGACAAAGAAGACUCCAUUUCUGCCCAGAAUUUCAAAGAGCUUUGUAUUCUGUCCAUUGCAUCGCCGAUCACACUAAAAGAUACGAAGAGCAUAUCAACGUGAAAGAAGAUUGGAAAUAUGUGGCAAUGGUUCUAGAUCGCUUGUUCCUUUUAAUUUUCACAAUCGCUGUUAUGGUUGGUACUUGUGGAAUAAUACUUCACGCACCCAUGUUAUACGACACUAGGAAGCCCAUAGAUUUUGCAUUAUCCAAAGUAGUAGCAACAGAAACCGUCCAUCAAAACAGAAGGCAUUCAUAAAUUCUAUGCAAAAUAAAAUCUAUAAUUUAGUAG